UUGAGGUGCAAGAUCGGGACAUAAUACACACCGACGAUCAAGGGCCUGGAAUUGCUGCUUGGUGGUGCAACUACGGGGUCUCAUUGAUAGAGACACCCACGCUGCCUAUACCAGUCAUGGGACAUCGCUCACAAAAACUGAGCACCGCAGUGGAUGGCAGGGAUAUAGGAAUCCUGUUGCAGAGUUCUGCACAAACUAGAACGAACCCUGUGAAAGUACCGCAUGCUACAACCUUGCCGGAGCAACAUAUACAUGAGGCCACACUUGAUCUUCAGGCCAGUCAAGGACAUCUUUCAGACCCUCCUGAUGGCUCGGCUCCUACCACUAAAGACGACCUAAAGGCCUUUCUGGCUGAUAUACACAAUGA